CAAUCCGCGGAAAUUCAGCGAGAAGAUCGCACUGCACAACCAGAAGCAGGCGGAGGAAACAGCGGCCUUCGAGGAGGUCAUGAAGGACCUGAGCCUGACGCGGGCGGCGCGGGUUCCAGGUCUGCUGGCCUUGUGAGUCAGUCAGGCAGCUGCCGGCUCUACAAAUUCCUGUCAAGAUGUUCCUCAGGGCAUGCUGCCCUGCCCAGGGAGGAUGGCCUCCAUAACCUCAGGUUCUGCCUGUUGUCAUUUUUGGCAAGGAGCUUCAGCUCCAAAAGUCCCAGUACCUGCAGCUGGGCCCUAGCCGUGGCCAGUACUAUGGCGGGUCCCUGCCCAACGUGAACCAGAUUGGGAGCAGCAACAUGGACCUCUCCUUCCAGACACCCUUCCAGUCCUCAGUCCUAGACACAAGUCGGACCACACGGCACCAUGGGUUAGUGGACAGAGUAUAUCGUGAACGCGGCAGGCUUGGCUCCCCACAUCGUCGGCCACUGUCAGUGGACAAACAUGGACGACAGGCUGACAGCUGCCCCUACGGCACCAUGUACCUGUCGCCCCCUGCCGACACCAGCUGGAGGAGAACCAACUCUGACUCUGCCCUGCACCAGAGCACGAUGACACCUUCCCCAUCAGAAGCCUUCACUGGUGGAUCCCAGGACGCACACCAGAAGAGAGUCUUACUACUCACUGUCCCAGGAAUGGAUGACACCACAUCAGAGGCAGACAAGACCCUUUCCAAGCAAGUGUGGGAUUCCAAGAAGACAGGGUCCAGGCCCAAGUCCUGCGAGGUCCCUGGAAUCAACAUCUUCCCUUCCGCCGACCAGGAGAACGCAACAACCCUGAUCCCUGCCACCCACAACACGGGGGGCUCCCUACCUGACCUCACCAACAUCCACUUCCCCUCCCCACUCCCUACCCCACUGGACCCUGAGGAGCCACCCUUCCCAGCGCUCAACAGCUCAGGCAGCACUGGCAACCUAGCCACCAACCUGACGCACCUCGGCAUCAGUGCUGGCCAAGGGAUUGGCACCCCCGGCUCGUCUCCGCAGCACCGGCCGGCUGGCGUCAGCCCCCUGUCCCUGAGCACAGAGGCCCGGCGGCAGCAGUCCCAGCAGGUGUCACCCACCUUGUCCCCGCUGUCACCCAUUACCCAGGCCGUGGCCAUGGAUGCCCUGUCCCUGGAGCAACAGCUGCCCUACGCUUUCUUCACCCAGGCUGGCUCCCAGCAGCCUCCUCCGCAGCCCCAGCCCCCACCUCCGCCACCACCCGUGUCCCAGCAGCAGCCACCCCCACCAACCUCACAGGUGUCCGUGGGCCUUCCCCCAGGCGGCCCCUUGCUGCCCAGUGCCAGCUUGACACGGGGGCCACAGCUGCCCCCACUCACGGUCACGGUACCAUCCUCUCUCCCCCAGUCCCCCCCAGAGAACCCAGGCCAGCCACCGAUGGGGAUUGACAUCGCCUCGGCACCAGCUCUGCAGCAGUACCGCACUAGUGCGGGCUCCCCGGCCAACCAGUCUCCCACCUCGCCCGUCUCCAAUCAAGGCUUCUCCCCCGGGAGCUCCCCACAACACUCCUCCGCCCUGGGCAGCGUGUUUGGGGACGCGUACUAUGAGCAACAGGUGACAGCCAGGCAAGCCAACGCUCUGUCCCGCCAGCUGGAACAGUUCAACAUGAUGGAGAGUGCCAUCAGCUCCAGCAGUCUAUACAGCCCUGGCUCCACACUCAACUACUCACAGGCCGCCAUGAUGGGCCUCACCGGGAGCCACGGGAGCCUGCAGGACCCACAGCAGCUCAGCUAUGCCGGCCACAGCAGUAUCCCCAACAUCAUCCUUACGGUGACAGGAGAGUCCCCACCCAGCCUCUCUAAAGAACUGACUGGCACCUUGGCUGGGGUCAGUGAUGUCACCUUCGAUGCUGAUCACCAGUUUCCGCUGGAUGAACUGAAGAUUGAUCCCCUGACCCUUGACGGACUUCACAUGCUUAAUGACCCUGACAUGGUCCUAGCUGACCCUGCCACCGAGGACACCUUCCGGAUGGACCGCCUGUGAGCGGCUGUGCCGCCACCCCUCCACCGGUCGGUCAAUGGUCCCCGGUGGUGCCUCCCUGAGCCUGGGGACGGCCGUGCUCCGCCCGUCCCUUGCCAAUGGCCAAGCUUGUGAGUCUGAGCUUGCAGUGCUGCCCAGCGCCCCCGCCAACCUACCACCCUAGUUCUUCACCUCUGACGCCCGGCAGGAGGCCAUGACUGGGGCCAUUGUCUACCCAGGGCUGGGCUGGGCUGGUCUCAAAGACCAUGAGCACCCUGUCCUUCCCUGUAUUCACCCCCUUGUCCCCUACCCAGGACAUGAGCCCUCAUCAGUUGUCCUACCCUAAGCUGCCUGGUGCAGGCUGGGCGUGGGGCUCUCGUGGCCCAGGUGCAUCAUGGACUGUUCUCAGCUCUCACUGCCUUUCUCCAUCCUCCGUCUCCUCCUGCCAAUAUCUCCAACCCUGGUCAGGUUGCGCAUGACCACCAUGCCCAGGGGAAAGGCGUCAGAGCAAAGGGGCCCUCACAGAGCAAAAUAAACACUAUUUGGACGGCUGUCUUUUCUAUUUCUGAGCUCGCUCAGAACACUAUGAUCUGCCUGUGGCCCAGCGCAGUGUGGAUGGAGCCCACCGAAGCAGCCCCCUUGCCCGCUGCGCUGCUAGACCUUCUUGCCUCCAGCUCUGCCAGGCCAUGUGCAGUGGCACAGAGUAGGUGGAGAGUACCAGCCACACUCAACCUUCCUUCUCAUCUCCGUCCUUAGAUCUGAGCUGAUGUUUAAGUUCUGUGCACUCGCACUAGGUGCCAGCCAGUUUGUGAUAGUUUUUCCUUUUAUUGGUUCAUAUUAGCGUUUUGGUUGUAGAUGAUCAGUUAGCUUCUCAAGCACACUCGCUUGAGUGCAUGUGCUAACCCUAGGUCCUCCAUGACCUGUUUUUUUAAGCUAUGUGGACCCAAAGUACUCAGCUGCCCCGCAAGCUUCAGUCUCACCCCCAUGUUGUCUGGCUCUGAAAGCUAGUGGGCCAGGUGGGGGACUAGGCCCAGGCCCCUGGUGGCUGGAGAGGCCUGUAUUAGGAAACAAACCUCGGCUUUUAUUUUAGUAAGCCUCUGGAGGAGCUAGCACAUUGUGCCUGUCUCCAAGGUGCCCAACAGUCCUCGGAGCAAAUGCUUACAGACUCUACAGCCGGCCUCUCUCAGGUCUGAGGCACUCCGACUGUUUUCUGCAAAGUGGGCCAUGGGAUCAGUUUUAAUUUCUGUUGGUCACUUUGGGAUGGGAACUGUGGUCCACACACCCACCCCAAGUUGUACCUCAUGCUCUCGCAUGUGCCUCUGCCUGCCAGGCCAGCCCCUUCUGCUCGGUGUGUUCCUCUGUGGUGUCACAUCCAGCACCCACCUCCCCUCUCCUUCCCCAAGCCACCAGAUGGCUGCUAGUGUGAAAAGGCAGCUCCUCCGUCACUGAGACCACUGCUGUCCCUCCCUCUGGACUUGGAGAUGCAGCCUGGGUCCGUCCACUUCGCCUGUCCAGGUCUUAGACCCAUUCUGUUCCCAUAAUGAAGGCCAGGAGCAAAGAAUGGGUACAUUCUUUUUAUUAGUACUAAAAAAAAACAAAACAAAAUAAAAAAACUCUAUGUAGCUGGAUGUGGUGAUACACACCUUUCAUCCCAGCACUUGAGAGGCAGAGGUAGAGGGAUAAGCAGUUCAGUGUCAUCCUCAGCUACAUAGUGAUUUUUAGGCCAGCCUGGGCUCCAUAUGACCCUGUCUCAGAAAACAAAACUUAUACAUCUAUGUUGAUGGGUCAGCCUCCGUUGGAGUUAUGUGUGGAACUUUGAAAGGAAUGGCCUUAAUAAAAAUGCCACGGCUAGAUGCAGUUCUCAAGUAAGGUGUUUGUACCCCACAAAGGUGCCCCACCAACCCCCACCACUCCCAUCUGCCCAGCCCCCAGCCAGCACCUGUGGCCACUGUCCUUCCAGGUUCUGUGCACAGAUGUAUUGGGCAGGAGAGAUCUCUGUCUAUAAGCCUCCCAAGUUGAAGACCCCAUUUCCAGCAUCCCACAUGUGGGAACGCAGGUGAUAUAUUCAUGUGACAGUCUCAUUGCCAAAGUGAAAACGUUCUGGAGAAAGGCCUGCAGGUCCCAGGGAGGUGUGGGAACACUUCACUAGUCGCUGCAGUGAAGCAUCCCCAUGUUCCAGAAGGAUUUGUCCUUGCAGGACCCCCAUCAGGCCCCCUGGGAUCGGCAGCAGGGAAUCAGUGCAGUGUCGAUUUGGAGAGUGUCACUUUUCUAUUACAUAUUCCUGAAUUGCCAAGAUUUUCUGAUAAAAGCACGCAGGAGCAAUUCCUUGGCUUUGUGACAUGAAAUACUGUGAUUUUAGACCAGCCAGGGGCAGCUGCCCCAGAGCCCCUGCAGCAUGUAUAUAGACCCUCUGCCUAUGACCUUGCUUGCUUGGGACAGGCCUGACUGUUAGGCCCUCCCAAGGUCCAAGGCUGAACCAGGCUAGGCCUUUUACCCCACUCCACCCAUGGUGGCUUCAGCCAAGCCCUUCAGUUAUGAUACCCUUUACCCUGGGCAGAAGCAAGAUAGAGUUGCUCAUCACAACACCAUGCCCCAACCACCUCAGUUUGCCCUCCCUCCUCCUGUGGUGGUUGCUGUUCUCCUGUGAGGCUUCCCAGUUGAGGAUGUAACUGGAGUGAGACCCUUGCUUUGCUGUGGCAUCCCCUCUUUCUGACAUUUCGUGACUGUGUUGUGCCUUGGAGGAAGUUCUGAUGUCCACUGGGCACUUGGCCUGAUGUCUUUGGCUCCCUCAAGGAUGCUUAAUCAGGGAAGCCCCCUAGUGAGGCCCAUAUAUCACAGUGUAGAAUGCCAGGCAGGCCUGAUGUUGGAGUUGGACUGUGUUGCCCACAGCAUGUGCCCAUGGACAGGAGCAAUCAAAAGGCCCAUGGGGAAAUAUAGUGGGGCUUGGACAGCAGAGGCAGCUGCUCUGUAUCAAUGCCUGUCCCUAGAGGAGUGCUGGUGGCUCCUCUGACCUUCUCUUUUUGGGUCUGGGGCUGGUCCUUUUGAAUUCUGAUUUUAUGUAUUUCCAAAGAAGGUCCUCACGUUUUAGGGUGCAGGCUAAGGGUGGGAAGUCCUGAUGGUUUGAGAUCCUGAUGCAGCCAUUGGGCAGGGGCUGUGGUACACCCAAAGUCAGUAGUUCAGAGUUCACAGAUAUGGUGGUCAUCCUACAGAAGGUACCACAGGGAGGGAACUCUACUGUGAAGUCCCUCCCCCCACACACACACAGAGACACAUGGCCUGAAGAGCUGGGGGAGGAGACCCAGUCCUUAAUGAAUCCUAGGCCUGCUCAAAAUGUGGCAAUACCUGGUUACUUUAAGUCUCAUUGGCCUCUGGGGCCCAAAUUUCUGCAUGGUACUUCCUGGCAGGUGACUCGGGGGUCUGGUCUUGCCUGUCUCAGGGUCAGGUACAGCCCUCACUGUGACACAAGAGUGUCACAUAUUAGUCAUAGCCACCAUUCCCCCUCCAAGGGCAAGAGAUGGAGUGACCUGCACCCCCUCCAGGCAUGGGUGCUUGAGGUACUUCUAAGGGCAUGGGGUGACCUAAGCCUCGGUUUCUUUCCUGUCACUUUCUCAGCCCUGCUGGGCUCAAGGACUCAGACUCCUGGGCUGGCUGGAGGCAGGGGCUGAGCCCUGGGAUGGUGCUGGCUGCAGAAGGCUCCACCCACCUUCCUCCACUUCCCAGCGUUGAUACUCCUUCCCCAGAGCUGGGAUGCAUGGCACAGGUUGGGGUAGGGAGAGUUGCGCCAUCUUGUGGAGCUCAUGAACUUGAGGUUGACCCAUGCUCAGCCAACCAAGCACUUCUGACUACAGGGGACAUGGGGACCAAGCCAUGGCCUUGCUCCCAGAGGCCAGCUUUGGUCUUCAGGCCCUAUCUUGCCCCCUAGUAGGAAAUUGUCCCCCAAGUGCUGGGCAAUCCCACUGAUAUAUGCAAAUUGGCUGGUUCUACAUCCCAGGCUGGCUCUUGCCCCAGCAUGUGUGCUCUGCAGCGUAUGUCCCAUGGGCGGUGCGCAUGGGCACCAUGACAGGUGGGCGGGGGCGGGUGGCUCAGGGCACACUUGGCUGCCCCACCCUUUGGCUCGGAAGUCUUUGUAUCUUUGCAUCCUUUGUAAUGAAAUGUAAUAAAAAUCCAAUGUUUUCGUC